UCUCUCUCUUUCUUUCCCUUUCUUUUAAUUUCUCACACACUCACUCAUCUCAUCAGGUAUCAGCACAUAAAAGUAAACAAACAAACCCAGACAAAAAACAUCUAGAGAGAGAGAGAGAGAGAGAAAGCAAAUUCAGACAUUCCUUUCUCUUCUUUUUACAAACUUAGCUGCUAAAAAAGAAGCAAUAUUUCUUCUACUUUUUUUUUUUUUUCAAGUUUUCAUCUUUGGUCUUCAGCUUCAUCAUCAAUGGACACUGCUCAAUGGCCUCAGGAGAUAUUAAUGAAACCAAUGGAAGAAAUACUCCCAAAUACAUGUUCCUCUUCACUAACAGCAGCAACAGCAGUAACAACAACAACAUGCUCUAAUCUCAUCUCAUCAAAUACAACAACAACUACUAAUAAUAGUAACUCAAAACCUCCAUCAACUUCCUUAGAAAGGAAAGUAAGACCUCAAAAAGAUCAAGCUGUGAAUUGUCCAAGGUGCAAUUCAACCAACACCAAAUUUUGUUACUACAACAAUUACAGUCUUACUCAACCAAGAUUUUUCUGUAAGACUUGUAGAAGGUAUUGGACUGAAGGUGGAUCUUUAAGGAACAUUCCAGUUGGUGGUGGUUCAAGGAAGAACAAAAGACCUUCAUCUUCUUCAUAUUCAUCUUCAUCAUCUAAAAAAAUUUCAUCUCAUGAUUUGGUUGCUGCUGCUGCUGUGCAUGAAUCAAACUAUCCUCAUCACCAAAACCCUAAGAUCCAUCCUCAUCAAAUGCACCAACAUCAUCAUCAUCAUCAACAUUAUCAAGGCCAAGAUUUGAACUUGGGUUUUCCUCAUCAAACUCAUCAUAAUCAGCACCAGCACCAGCAGCAGGAAUUCAGAAGUCUGUCAGAAUUCAUGCAAUUGCCCACUAUUGAUCAAACUAGUAAUACACCUAAAAACCAGAUCACAAAUUCUGCUGGUGGUGGUGCUGGUGGUAGUGCUGCUACUACUGCUACUACUACGACGACUGCUAAUGAUGGUCAUCAUCAUCUCUCAGCUUUGGAGCUUCUAAAUGGUCUUACAUCCUCAAGAGGACUAACCCCAUUCAUGCCGAUGCCGGUUCCGGAUCCGAAUGGGGUUUAUUCAUCUGGGUUUUCAUUGCAGGAUUUUAAACCAAGCUUAAAUUUCUCACUUGUUGAUGGACUUGGAAAUGGGUAUGGAAGUUUGCAAGGAGAUCAAGUGCACCAUCAAACAACAGCAUCAGAAACAAAUAAUAAUAAUAAUGGAAGGCUUUUGUUUCCAUUUGAAGAUUUGAAGCAAGUUUCAAGCACUACUAGUGCUGAUCAUAAUAAUAGUACUGAAAACAAUAAUCAUGAUCAAAAUGGUGAGCAAGAGGAUUCAACACCUGGGUAUUGGAGUGGCAUGUUGGGUAAUGGAGGAUCUUGGUAGUGAAGAUCACAUCACUUGCACAAAGAUAAUUAAGAUGGUUUUUUUUUUUUUUUUACUUCUUUUUUUCUUUGUUUUAAUCUCUUUAAUUAUUCUGAUCUCCUUUGUUCAUUUAGAUUUUUCUUUAGGUGGGUGAUGACUUGUUUUGGAGUUUCUUUAAAUCUAACAGAUAGGGAUACAAUAUGGGUUCUCUUUUUUUUCCUCUUCUAUCUUCUCAUCAUUUCUAAUUCAUUAGCUUAUUUAAAAUUUUAAUUAAGUCUAUGAUCAUUUGUGGGAUUUUGAAUCUUUCUUUAUGCUUAGUGGCUUCAUCAAUAGGAUGAGUACUUGGGAGUUGGGAUGUAGUGAUGACUGAUGAGAGAAUUGAUCAAGAGAAGGAAAAAAAAAAGAUUUUUUUAUUAAAAUAAAAAAAAAAAAAGCCCAUAAUUUUUGAAGGGUUUACCCAUAUGCUAAGUUAAGAGCUAUGCUGUUUGUCUUCUACUGCAAGAAGAAUUUUCCCAGAUAAGCCAUCCAGUAAACCUACUAUUACCUGUUAUUAUCAUCAAUAUCUUAGUGUCAUUGGUUGGCUUUCUAUUUAUAAUAUGCAUAUGGAAGGAAAAAUAGUUUAAUGUAUUGUAUGAUAUAAUGGUUAGUUUUGUAAUGAGUUUGAUGGAAGAAGGGUUUUGUGGAUAUAUUAUUAAUGAGAAUCAAUGAAGAAAUUCUGUGUUU